CAAUUAUAAAUACGAGCCAAGAUCUAUUAUGUCUCAUAAUUUGAAAGCUACCAUGCAAGCGUUGUUUCUUUUGCUUCUAUUGAGUUCCGUCGGCCUAAUCAUGCCGAAACUUAAAUGCUCAGACGGAGGAGCAAAACCAUGCAUUAACAACAAGGACUGCCCACCGCAAAUGACCUGCAUCGAAAACAAACCUGGUGGGCCGGUGUGCUGUAAUGAUGCUGCAAUCGUUCCAAUGAAGAACGCUAAAGGAAACUGAUGAGUGCAGAACAGCAUGCAGCAACAUGAAAUCACUUGGCUCCUGAUAACAAAAAGAUACAAAUGAUUUUUUCGCAAAGCAAGGUGUUGAACAAAACUAUACUCAAUAAACAAAAG